AUGGCUACCGUCUUCUCAGCCCCCGACAUGCUUCACUUCAAGGCCGACUUCCUUGAAGCUCAGUCUGCCCUCGUCCAAGAUCUCGCCAACGACAUACACAAAGCCGCGAGCAUCCUCGCUUACAAAACCUACGACUUCGAAACUGAAGCAGACAAUCUUCGCAAACGAGCAUGGGAGAUCAGAUCGGCUGAGACCGAGACCGAGACCAAGAAUGAGACUGAAAUCAAUGUUUUCGGGAAAGGAGAUCAAAAUAAUGGCACUGACUUCGAGACUCCAGACUUGGUGACCACGGCGGCGGAGACGAUCAAGGUCGCUCAGCAGGUGAAGCUCGAAUUGAAAACCCUGAUCGAAGUCGCCUGCGGUUCUGGGUCCAGCAGAGGUGAAAUCGCAACUACUCAUCCGACCGGGGUGACGGUGGACAUCCAUGGGCAACCUAAAAUCAAGCGAGAGGAAAAGGAGGACAAUGCUGCUGCAGGUGGUGAUGGCGACGAUGCAAUUUGCAAUGAUGUACCGAGCAAAUCUAUGAUCCCUGAUAUUGCAAAUCCGCCAGCAUCAGUAGUCACUCAGUCUUCUUUGAAUGCUCGUCAUCACCACCGCAGCAGCGACUUCUUGUCGGUCAACAGUCAGUUUCGUCCCCAGAAUCCUCAGAUCGGUCUUGAAAAACAUGGCCGCCAGAGAGCGAAUGAGCAUGUCCAUCAAAAGUCUUCCUCACACACCACACAAACAUGGAGCUGGACGCCUAUGGAUACUACGAAGGACGAAUGUCCAGAUAUGGUCUGCGGCGUCUCAUGUCCAGCAAGCAAGGGGUCGUUGCCAUCGAGCGUUGCCAUGGCCCAGACUGGGACCGAAUCUCCAGAAAUGUAUGCAUGUGAUCCAGGUGAAUUCGAGCUUGACUCUGUGUUUUCAUUCGAGCCUGAGCCUAAGCCAUCAACUCAACUUCAGGAACACAGUCAAUUGGACUUGCUAGCCGACGCUCCCAUGGACAUCGAGGCAGAUGAGGACGCAGAUGCAGACUGGAAUAUGCUUUCUGUUGCAUCUGACCAUGAAUAUGAAGCUGAAGUUGAAGCUGAACAUGAACAUGAACAUGAACAUGAACAUGAAGACGGACGCGAACUCGAGCUCGAGCCAGAGGGUGAGUUUCUGCCAUGGAUUCCUGCCAAGAUCGUCAUCCCUCGUCACAAGGUACAAACGGCUGCCGAGCGACUGUUGCAGUCGGUCCUGAUGGGCCAUCAAGCCAGAUUGCAGCGAGAGUGCGCGUACUAG